GGACUCUGGCCCUGCCCAGGCUUGGCCAGAGGAGGCAGCGAGCUGAGAACCUCUCUCUGUGGGCAGCUCUGCAGGAGAAGCUGUGCCAUUCCAGCCAGACUCAGGGCUCAGUGUUCUGGUCAGUCAUGCCACCCCAGUCACUGCUGUCCAUCCUGCUCCUCUGUGUGCUGCUGCUGCAGGCCCAGGGGGGGUACCGUAAGCACGAGACGACCCAGAAAUUGCGGCUGCCACCCCCAAAAAUCAGGCUCUGUGAGAAGCGGCCCAACUACUAUCUGUGCAUCCGCCCGUGUGAAUCCCACCGAGACUGUCAAGCAAAUAACAUCUGCUGUACAACCAUCUGCGGGAAUGUCUGCAUGAGCCUCCUGUGAGGGGGAGAGCAGGGGGCUCCCCGGGCCUCCGCACAGAGACUGUCCCCACGUCUGCAGCAUGAGGACUUCAAAGCACAGGCAGAGGAAUGCAGCCCUCCCCACUGUCUGAACUACCUGUCCCUGUCAAAUAAAGCAGAAAGAACACCCAGGGACCGCCACUCUCACUCCCACGGCCUG